CCUCAUCUAUGAUCUGUCACCACACAGGUGCUGUUUCCACCGCCAUACCUCUAUAUAUAAUAAACACCAACUUCUCAAGAAAUUCAAUUACACUCUGUUCUUCUCUUUGACCAGAGAGGAUAAUCACAAAUGGGAAGUUUAGAAGAAGACGAGUUGGUACGAAUGGUACAAGAUUUUAUUGAAUCUGAAUCAACAUCCCCUAUAAGUUCCACUUCCUCAAAUUGCCAUGCUUUAAACCAUCAAACCCAGUAUUUUAUUUUACAGGACAUUCUAAGGAGUGAGGGUGAUACAGCAGAAGAGGGUAAGGUAUUGAAGUGUGUGUUUAAACAUAUGAGAGGUAGACAAAGUGCUCAGAAAACAAGUCUUAGUAGAUGGCUUGUUAUGAGGAUGAAAAUGGAUGGUCUUAAUGCUUCAAUAUGCCACACAUCUUGGUCCACCUCUUUGGGAUGUCCUGCUGGUGAAUACGAGUUUAUCGAAGUGAUAACAGAAAGUGAGAGUUAUGCUAAUCCUGUGAGGCUAAUAGUAGAUAUAGACUUUAGGUCACAAUUUGAACUUGCAAGGCCUACACAACAUUACAAGGAAUUGACAGACUCACUCCCGGUUAUCUUUGUUGGGACUGAGAACAAACUGUGCAAGAUAAUUUCCCUGCUAUGUUCUGCUGCCAAACAGUCCCUUAAAGAGAAGGGUCUUCACGUACCCCCUUGGAGAACCACCACAUACAUGCAAUCCAAAUGGCUCUCUGUGUGUCGUAAAGAGCAUGAGCAUUAUGUGGGAGCAAAAGGUGAUGUCAUUGGUGUGGAGCAUGAUGAUCUUAUUGGCAACUGGGUACCACCAUUAUUGAAGCCAAAGAAAAGGGAUUUGGGUGGUGGAUCUGGUUUGUCUAGUCAAUUAUCUAAUAUGAGUGUAAAUUGUUGCUAGGGGAAUCUUUGUUCAUUCUGAGAACUACCCAAUUUUGGUCUAAUUUUUGGAGUUCUUUCUGCUGAACUUAGGGAUGACUCGGAUGAAGUAUUUUUGAAUUGUCACUUGUGCUAGUGCAAUAAAAUAAGCAGUGCUUAUCGAACCUGUAUUUUUAGGUAUGAGUAUUUUGUGAGCAAAGAGUGCCUGCAAUCCACUGCCGGAUCCUGUUGUUGAAUAAAUGAAUAUUCUUGUCCAUCAUUUUCAUGUUUCAUUUCUUCUUUUCUGCUUUAAAGGUGCUGAAAAUCCUGAAAGGAAUAUGGAAAAGAAUAAUCAUAUUUCAUGUUAUGUGAAUCAUGUACCCUACUAACUUGGUUGUUUCAUAUUUCUGAUUCAACACUACCCUAUGAUUUUCCGAGGCAAUCUAUUAUAAUUUCCUCCUCCAACUUAGAAUGUUGAAAGACCCAAGUGUGUAUACUUUUUUUUUUAAUGUUGAACGCUUAAAUGAUCCAAAUGGAUAACAUU